AUGCCUUAUUUUCGAAUAUUCCAAUCAAAUCCUUCCAAUCUUUGCCUUAUAAAUACAAUUUUCAGUAACACCCAACCAAACAUCAUCCUUAAGAAUUCCAUCUGUGUUGUAGAGAGAGAGAGAGAGAGAGAGAGAGAUGAAGCCCACAAUUUCAGCACCGCUUCACAUUCUGGUGUUACAUCUUCUGGUUGUUCCAACUGUGAUUCCAGCAACUCCUUCGAUGCAUCAGUGAUCUCAGACCUGACCAGCCGAAUGCAGACUAACUGGCCAUCGCUAGCCUGUCCGAGCAGCACCGGCCUGAAAUUCUGGUCACACGAAUGGGAGAAACAUGGGACUUGCUCAGAAUCUGUCCUCGAUCAACAUGGAUACUUUGAAACUGCUCUCAACCUCAAGAAAAAAGUGGACCUCCUCCAAAUCCUCGAAAACGCAGGAAUCCAACCGGAUGGGGGAUUUUACAGCUUGGACAGUAUCAAGCAGGCCAUAAGGGAUGGAAGUGGAUACACUCCCUUUAUAGAGUGCAAUGUCGACGACUCCGGCAAUAGCCAGCUCUAUCAGGUUUACCUUUGCGUGGAUAAUUCCGGGUCUGACUUCACCAAGUGUCCGGUAUUCCCGAAAGGCUGGUGCGAUUCAAAGAUCGAAUUCCCUACUUUCUAACUAUCAAUACAUGACUGGUGAAGCAAGAGAAAUCAGAGAUCCCCUGUUCCUAUAUUCUUGUCUUCAUAAAUCUGUCUCUCAGUAUUGAUGCAGAAUAAAAUUCCAUUGAGUUGAUCUUCA